AAUUCUAACCCCACACGCCAUCUGUUUAAAAAAAAAAAAAAAACGGAGUUCUCUUAAAAAUUGACUCUUUUGUAGAAGGACAAAGGCUAGGGUUUGGUAUUGAGCAAAUUAGGGUUUGUAAUUGGAUCUCCAUCAAUCUCCACCGCGAUAGUCUUAACGAUAAUCAUUGUUCAUUAGAUCUGCGAACUCCAUCGUCUCUCUCGUCAUGACUGAUGGCUCCUGGAAUAGGCAGCAGCAACAGCCGCUUCUGCCUUCUACCGCAAUGCUCAAACGACCUCGUACUGAAUAUGAUAUGUCACCUUCUGGUCUGACUUCGGGAGGCAAUGAGAUGCAUAAUUAUAUUGCUCGAAAUGAUGACCAUACUGGUCACCGAAUGCUAAAGGACACUAAAACACUUGGAUCUGCAUAUGACCGCUACCUUCAAAGUGCAGGGCAGCUUACUUCGUUUAAUUCUGGGGAAGCCAGCGCAAUUGGUGGUGUUGGAUUGGCAAGGGGUGUUGGUGGAUUGCCAGGCCAUUCGCUAACUGAUCCUGCUGUUAUGGGGCAUCCUGGUGGUGGUCAUGAUCUUGCACGAAAUGGACGGAAUGUCAAUUAUGGUGGUCAGUUACCAGUAGACACAGCUUCCAUGCCUGGACCAGAGACUGUACCUCUACCGCCAGAUGCAUCCAGCACUUUAUAUGUUGAAGGUCUCCCAUCUGAUAGCACGAGAAGGGAAGUGGCCCAUAUUUUUCGUCCUUUUGUUGGAUAUAGAGAAGUAAGGCUUGUGAGCAAAGAAUCCAAACAUCGUGGAGGAGAUCCUCUAAUCCUUUGUUUUGUGGAUUUUGCAAAUCCGGCUUGUGCAGCAACUGCUCUGAGUGCAUUGCAAGGUUAUAAAGUUGAUGAACUCAAUCCUGAGUCUAGCCACUUGCGGCUUCAGUUUUCUCGGUUUCCCGGUCCCAGAUCCGGACCUGGACCUCGUGGCAAGAGGUGAUGAGUUGGUUCACUCAGGUUUUAUGCUGGUUAUAAUGUGCUACUUUUCUUUAUCCCAUACUACUGUUCUGAGGUGAGAAUGUUCAGAAUUGAUGUUCACCUGCAUAUUUAAUCUCUCCCUCUUGGCUACAAUCCUGAUUAAUUGAGCUCCCUAGGUGCACAUAGUAUUUUAACUGGCUGAGAUCAAAUUACAAUUGCAUUUUGAGCAAAUCUAACAUGGAGAUUUUUGGGAUGGGCCUAGUCAAUUUACUGUGUUGUAUAAAUAUUGAUAAUUUUAGUUUGAACCUGAUUAGCUAUUUUACUUUUUUUUUUUCAAAUAAAGGUUUUUAUUUUAAUAUUA